AUGGCCUUGUCUUGUAGAGCAUCCUUGACAGGUGGUUCAAGCACUCCAUUUCCUCGAAAACGAACUUCAGAAAUAGUCAAGCCCACCCUCGCACAAUUUAAACCUAACCUUAGUAGUACUCAAAAUUGGAGCAUUGCCCAAAAUCACAGAUUCCCUUCUGCUGCCUUAAAAUACCCCAAAACUGUUGAUAUUGAUGAUUUUGAUAUUGAGCGUGCACAAAAGUUGAAGACAUUCAAGCAUAUUUUGAGGAAAGAAGGAGAGGAUCCAUUUCAAGGAGUGUUUGAGAACUUCAAGAACAAGGAGGCAAGAUUCAAGCAAAAAUUAAGUAGUGACAUCAUGGGCCUAAUGAGUUUAUAUGAAGCUUCACAGCUAAGUAUAAAGGGAGAAGAUGUGCUGGACGAAGCUCGAGAUUAUAGUUAUCAGCUUCUAAGUUCAAGUAUAGGAAAUCUAGAUUAUAAUCAAGCUAGAUUAGUUAGGAAUUCACUGGACCAUCCACAUCACAAAAGCCUGGCAAGUUUCAUGGUCAAAAACUUCGUUAAUGAUUGGGAUGAGAAAAAUGGGUGGAUUAAUGUGCUACAAGAACUUGCAAAGAUCGAGUUUAAGAUGGUCCAAUCUCAACAUCAAAAUGAAGUUAAUGAGAUUGCUAAAUGGUGGAAGGACCUCGGUUUGUCUAAGGAAUUGAAGUUUGCAAGAGAUCAACCACUUAAAUGGUAUACGUGGUCAAUGUCAUGCUUCACAGAUCCAAGACUUUCAGAGCAAAGGAUUGAGCUAACUAAACCCAUCUCCAUGAUUUACAUAAUAGACGAUAUUUUCGAUGUUUGUGGCACCCUGGAUGAGCUCAUUUGCUUCACAGAAGUUAUCAACAAAUGGGACAUUGCUGCCACUGAACAAUUACCAGAUUACAUGAACAUAUGUUUCAAGGCUCUUGACAAUAUUACUAAUGCAAUCAGCUACAAAAUCUAUAACGAACAUUGGUGGAACCCAGUAGACUCUCUACGAAGAACGUGGGCUAGGUUGUGUAAUGCGUUUCUAGUGGAAGCAAGAUGGUUUGCUUCUGGGAAGUUGCCGAGUGCUGAAGAAUACCUGAAGAAUGGGAUUGUUAGUUCUGGUGUACAUGUGCUCGUUCACAUCUUUUUUUUAUUGGGUCAAGGUAUAAGCAAGGAAAAAGUGGAACUCAUUGACCAUAAUCCGGGCAUAAUAUCAUCCACCGCCACAAUUCUGCGAUUGUGGGAUGACUUGGGAAGUGCCAAGGAUGAAAAUCAGGAUGGAAAUGAUGGAUCGUAUGUGGAAUGCUACAUGAAGGAAAACAAAGGAUCAACUUUCGAAGACGCACAAAAUCGUGUUCUCCACAUGAUUUCUGAGGCAUGGAAAGAACUCAAUGAGGAAUGCCUCUUUCCAAAUUCAUUUUCAGCAACUUUCUCUAAGGCUUCUCUUAAUAUUGCAAGAAUGGUCCCUUUGAUGUACAGUUAUGAUGACAAACAUCGCCUUCCAGAUCUUGAGGAGUAUGUGAAAUCCCUCCGUUAA